UUGGUGUGGCACGUCAGAACGCGGAAGUGAAGCGCUGCUUCUGUUUGUGUUUAUGUUUCUCGCCUUCGCCCGGAUAGAAAACGCCAUUUAACAGAAACUAUGGCGGUGAGCGCCGUUCACCUGGAGUCAGACGCCUUCCUGGUGUGCAUGAAUCACGCCCUGAGCACAGAGAAGGAGGAGGUGAUGGGUUUGUGCAUCGGAGAGGUGGAAAUCACCCGGAUCGUCCACAUCCACUCCGUCAUCAUCCUCCGCCGCUCGGACAAGAGGAAGGACCGGGUGGAGAUCUCCCCGGAGCAGCUGUCAGCGGCCUCCACGGAGGCGGAGAGGCUGGCGGACAUGACGGGCAGGCCGAUGCGGGUGGUGGGCUGGUACCACUCCCACCCGCACAUCACCGUGUGGCCGUCCCACGUCGACGUGCGGACCCAGGCCAUGUACCAGAUGCUGGAUCAGUGCUUCGUGGGCCUCAUCUUUUCCUGCUUCAUCGAGGAUAAGAACACCAAGACGGGCCGGGUGCUGUACACCUGCUUCCAGUCCGUGCAGGCGCAGAAGGGCUCCGAGUACGAGCGGGUGGAGAUCCCCAUCCACGUCGUGCCCCGCGAAGCCAUCGGCAAGGUGUGCCUGGAGUCGGCCGUGGAGCUGCCGCGGAUCCUGUGCCAGGAGGAGCAGGACACGUACCGCAAGAUCCACAGCCUGGCGCACCUGGACCCCGUCACCAAGAUCCACAACGGCUCGGUGUUCACCAAGAACCUGUGCAGCCAGAUGUCGGCGGUGAGCGGGCCGCUGCUGCAGUGGCUGGAGGACCGGCUGGAGCAGAACAAGCAGAGCAUCGUGGAGCUGCAGCAGGAGAAGGAGAGGCUGCUGCAGGAGCUGGCUGCUCUGUGAGCCCGGGAGGACGUGGAGGGUGGAGGGGGACAGUCCAGAGACCACUGUCAGUCCUGUAUCUGUUGUUGGACCCAGUGGGUUUGGUGUUUUGGGCUUCCUUACAGUUUUAUUUCCUCGAUCAAUUGUUUGGUCUAUAAAAGAUUCCAUGUCCAAUAAUCUACAACAGGUUCAUCCUCACUUUUGAGAGGCUGCAACCAGAACAAUGUUGACAGUGUUGCUUGGAAAUAUAUAUAUGUAUUAAUCUGUUGUCAAAGUUGCUUUUUUGGUAAUAAACCAAUCAGUUAAUUGUUUCAGUUCUGGAGUCUCCUGAGCUGUUAACUAAUGUCAGAUUUGUAACAGUUGUAGUUCCUGAUUUAAAGAAUUACUGAGUAUUAUAUUUGUGUUUAUUUUGGCAAAGGUUUAUAAAAGUACCACACAAUAACACAAACUAACAGAUAGAGGCAGUGGUAUUCCAGCAGUUGUUCUGUUUGCUAAAAUGACUGUUUUUGUCAAUGGAGUCUGGUAGGGAUGUUUCUGGUUGAAAAGAAAAGGAUCUUACUCUUUAAUAAAAGGUCUGUCUCUGUA